AUGGCUGGUAAAACGGUGGCUGAUAUGGAGGAGGAAGAGAAGGGAAGCGAGGGUAUGGGUGAUGAUCUGGAGAGUGAGUAUGGGGAGAUAACGGUGGAGGAGGAGUGGAUCGGUGGCUAUGAAUGUCCUAACUUCAUUUUCUCUGAAAAAGAAGCAAAACGAAUCCAGAAGCCAUGGAAGAGAGGUGUUAUCGUGAAGUUGCUUGGAAAAAGAAUAGGAUACAAAGCAUUGGAGAACAGGCUGAACCAGAUGUGGGUGCGAAGAGGUGUCAUCAGUAUCAUUGACCUGAGCAAUGAUUAUUAUCUUGUUGCUUUCUCGCAUGAGGAUGAUAAAAAGGCGGCUAUGGAGAAUGGACUAAUCUCAGAUCUCCCAAUCGAAUAUUAUGAUCCGCGAGCUUUAGCAUUCUUUGGUGACCGGAUUGGAAAAACAGUUAAGGUGGACAAUACAACUAGAAAACAGGAAAGAGGAAGAUAUGCACGUAUAUGUGUUACAGUGAAUUUGUCCAAACCGCUAGUAGCAAUGCUCAAAGUUCAAGCAUGUUGUUACAAGAUUGAAUACGAAGGUCUUCAUCUUUUGUGUCUAGCAUGUGGAUGUUAUGGACAUUAUAAGGAGAACUGUCCAUUAGCCAAUACUGGGAGGAAUAAUGAAGGAGACAAUAGUGGCAUCGGAGGAAGAAACUUGAAGGAAAUUGUCGGAGAUAAAAAAUUUGAACAUGGAGGAUCGAGUGUUGAAUCAGGGCCAUGGCGGAUUGUCCAGAAGCAGCGGCGGGGAAAGAAGCCGGGGGAUAGCCGGAAGAACACUGCUCCGGGAAGUUUUAUGGAAAAAAUUAAUGCAGGGGGAUCUCGUUUUCUAAUUCUAGAAGAUGAGGAUACAGACAUUAAUGCUAAUGAAGGUAAUUUAAUUGCAAGUAAGGAGGAAGGAAUAAAUGAGAAUUCCAAAAGUAUUCGUGGAGGAAAAGCUAAUAAGGGCAAACAGGUGGAUAUUAAUGAUGCAAUCAUUAAUUUGGAUUUAAUGGGUGAAAUUGGUAAGGAAUCUGUAAAGGAGAACGUGGAAGGGUCUGAUAGGGGUAUUAAAGGUAGAAGUCAAAGACAGGCCAUUAAAAGUAAAAAGUCUAACUUAGCGACGCGUGGAGGGGUACAGGUGAGAGAGAAAGCUGGUGGCAUUAGCCAAUCAGGAAUGGAAGUUACUUUCGGUAAAUACAAAUCAGGUGAUAUUAAUGAGACAAACAUGUACAACUUGAAGAGAAGAGAGAAAGGAGACAAAAUAGGAGACAAAAAAGAUAGGGCUACAAUCAAGGAAGGUACAGAUGGAAGUGACGGGUUGGCUAGUAAACACCUUUCAGUUCGAGAACCAAUAGAUAUCGAGAAACCACUUGAUUUAAACAUGCAAACCCAUCAGAUGUUUCACAUUUCUUAUGAGGGGUCUACGUGCAUGAGACAUGAAGCUACUGUUGACGGUGCAACUAAUGAUAUAAGGAAUGCGACGAUGGAGGAAGAUAAUGAAGUGGUAAAGGAGACUCCCUUGGAUGCUUGA